UGUGCUAAUUGCCCUUCUCCUCACUUAUUCCAUUUCUAUGUAUCAAAGCCGCUCAUGUUUCUAUUCAGAGUAAAAGGAGACAAGACAAGAGAUCCGUAUGAGAGAAAGUCAAAAUCCAAAGGAAAGUGUUGAGAAAGCUUUAAAGUCAUACAGUGUGUGGGGUUUUGGUCAGGAUGCGGCCGGCUCUGUUCCUCUGUCCCGUCCUGAUCUCUCUGUUAUUUCUUCUGUCUGGACUGACUAUCAUCAAUGGCUGUAACAAAGCUCUGUGUGCCAGUGAUGUCAGCAAAUGUCUUCUACAGGGUCUUUGUCAGUGCCGGCCAUCAGAGGGGAACUGUUCGUGCUGUAAAGAGUGCAUGCUGUGUUUGAGCUCUCUCUGGGAGGAGUGCUGCGACUGUGUAGGAAUGUGUAACCCAAGGAAUUACAACGACAGUCCUGCCACCUCCAAGAGCACCGUAGAAGAGCUGUACCGACCAAUCCCGUCGCUCUUCCGUGCUCUGACCGAAGGCGACGCCCCCAUAAACAUGAUGGUCGUGUCGUUUCCCGUUGCUGAGGAACUCUCCCACCACGAGAACCUCGUGUCUUUCCUGGAGACACUCGACAGCCAGAGUCACAACAUCUCGUUGCCCAGCAGCAGCGUCCAUGAUGAUGCCUUGUGUACGGUGGUCUACUUUGAUGAGUGCGUGUCCAUUCGUCAGUGUAAGCAGUACUGCGAGUCGAUGGGCGGAUCAAAGUACCGCUGGUUUCAUAACGCCUGCUGUGAGUGCAUCGGGCCUGAAUGUCUGGACUACGGCAGUAAAGCCGUCAAAUGCAUGAACUGCCUCAUCUGAGAACUCAACAAAGACUCACUCUACACUUUAACUCGUGUUUUAUUGUGUAAAACACUUCUGGCCUUUUCUGUUCUUGUUUACAGAUUGUGUUUCUUAAUCUUGUCUUUUGGAAAAUAAGGUCAAAGGGUUUUUCUUAUGUUAUCAAUAUUGUUUGUGAAUUAUUACAGCAGCAUGUUGGGGUCGUUUCUCAUUCAAAUCAUAAUUCUCAUUUCAUAUUCAUGUUUCUGGUUUGACUAUUAAAAACCGAAGUAAACAGUUUUUUUUUUUUAAUUACAUGAUGGUUUUAGUCUCCUGUCAUUUACUGAUCUGCUACUUUACUGUCAUUUGCUGAUUUACAUUGUUGUACAACAUUUGAUUUGAUGAUUUGAAAUGAAAAAGAUAUUUAAUCUGUAUUUGUGUCUCCAAGUUUGAGUUAAACGUGUUUUGUUUUGUUUUUUUACAAAAUGCAUGUGUAUAGUUGACAAAUAACAUGGACAUUAACUUUUAUUCAGUUUAGAUUGGUCUCGUUUGUUAACAUUAAUUCAUUAACUAACAUGAACUAACAAUGAGAAAUAUAUUUUUCACAGCAUUUAUUAACCUGUUUAAUGUUAGUUAAUAAAAAUCUUCACAAUCAUCUUAGUUCACAGUGCAUUAACUAUUAUUAAGAAUACAAAAUUUGACCUGAAAUAUGUUUCAUGGUCAAAAAAUGUUGAAAAAUAAAUGUAAAUGUUGAAAUUAACAUUAACUAAGACUAAUAAAUUCUUUAGAAGAAUUGUUCAUUGUUAGUGCAUGUUAACUAAUGUAGUUAGGUAAUGUAAACUAAUACAGCCUUAUUGUAAAGUGUUACCACAUUUAUAUGAAUGUAAAAGGGAAAAUGUGUAUUUUAAAUGCUGUAACUGAUUUUCAUUUUUUUUUUUUUAAUGUUUCUGUUUUUAAAUAUUCAAUAUUUGCUAUUUAAAAUAUUUACUAUUUAAUAAUAGUCCUGUUUCAUUACGUCUCUCAAUAAACAUUCAUGCUUAAUAAUAAAAACAUAAAUAUGUUUUCAAAUGGAA